AGUCGGUGGUCUGCGAUCAGGGCAGUUUCUUGUGGCGAAAUGGACCUCCAACGCGUCCUGGGGAAGUGCGGCAACUUCGGCCCCUACCAAAUCCUGCUCCUCGGACUCUAUGGGUACACCAAUAUAGUGUCCUCGCUGCACUACUUUUCGCAGACCAUCAUCAGUUUCACGCCCGCGCACAGCUGUUCCGCGCCAGUAGAAGUGGAAUAUUCACAACAUUUCACUGAGCGGUUGUCCUGCAGUGUCAUCCAGUACGAUGUCGACAACUCCUCCUUCCGGGAGUCCAAGUGCUCCUCCUGGGACUUCGAAAAGGAAAGCAACUACGAGAGUGUAACCACCGAGCUCAAGUGGGUCUGCGACGAUGCCUACAAGCUGGCAGUGGGUCAGUCCUUCUUCUUCAUUGGCUCCGCCCUGGGAAGCAUAUUCUUCGGAUACUUGGCCGACCGCAUAGGACGUCUUCCUGCCUGCGUGCUGUCCACCUUAACAGGAGCCUCUGGGGAUUUCUUCACCUCCUUCGUGGGAAGUCUGCCCUGGUUCUCGUUCACCCGGUUUGUGUCCGGCCUGUCCAUGGACACCCAGUAUGUGCUGAUGUACAUUUUGGUUUUCGAGUACUUGAGUCCACAGCACCGCACCUUUGGGCUGAACAUCAUCUUGGGUGUCUUCUACUCUGCUGGCCUAAUGAUCUCGCCUUGGAUAGCAAUGUGGUUGGGCAACUGGCGCAGUUACCUGUGGGCGGCAUCUCUUCCAGCUCUGGGAAUGUUAGUUUUUCCGCUGUUCCUCCACGAAAGCGUCGAGUGGCUACUAACGAAGGGAAAAUUCGACAAGGCAGUUAGCAACCUCAAAAGUGUCGCCAAGUUCAAUGGACGCCAAGUAGAGGACUCGGUUUUCGAUGAGUUCAUUAAACACUAUCGAGAGAAGUUGAAUAGUGGCCAAAAAAAGUCCGCAGACACCUUUAUGGGUAUGUUGCGGACUUCAAGACUGAGAAAGUUCACCAUUAUUCUAUUGAUCAAAUCAAUGAUCAUUACGAUUGCAUUCGACAUCCUGAGUCGCAAUGUCGAGGGCGUGGGCAUAUCCCCCUUCAAGCUGUUCUCCUACUCAGGAUUCGUCGUCCUUCCUGGUGGUCUCAUCAUCAUCCUAUUCCAGAACAGAAUUGGACGAAAGGGCAUGGCCUGCGCCUCGCUUCUUGUUGGUGCCUUCAUCACGGCGACCACCGGCUACCUAGUGGGCACUCUGGACCCAGCGAACUACUCCGUGCUCCUGGGGCUCAUGGUGUGCUUGGCAAGAUUCGGAGCGGUCGUUGCCUACGACGCGGAGGCCCAGUACGCGGCGGAGAUUAUUCCAACCAGUGUGCGCGGACGAGGAGUGGCCAACAUCCAUGUGGUGGGCAAUGCCUUCGCCUUCUUCAGCUCCUACAUCAUCUACUUGGGAACGUUCUACAAGCCAUUGCCGUCGCUCUUGAUCAGCUUCCUCCUCAUCAUUGGCGCUGGUUUGUGCCUCACUCUUCCAGAAACUCUGCACAAGCAACUGCCACAAACUCUAGAGGAGGGCGAGGAAUUCGCCAAGGGCGAGAAAUGGUACUUCUUCCCCUGCUUUUCACGCAAACGGCAGUCGAAUAAAUCCGAAUUUCAGUUGGAGUCGAGCAAGUAAUUUACAUAGUAGUUAUAGUAAAUGUAUUAAGAGUACAAUAAAUGCUAAUACCAAAGAGCUCAGAG